AUGGCUCCCACCCAGUCUUCAGAAGGCGAACAUCCAGGUAAUCAACCUCCUCCAAGGACAACUAUCAUUGUUGAUCAUUUUGAUAAAGAACCUUACAAUGCUACAUCUCGAAUCACGAUCAAGCAUGGAAAAAGGACUGUCAUUUCCAAUAAAAGCGAAGGAUUAAUGUUUAUGAAGAACUCAAACGAAAAUCACCAAGCGAAAGAUCCUGUAUUGAUAGUGACUAAGCUUAAAAAGAGAAAGUUUGGUGAUCGCUCUGGGAUCAAGAUGUGGGCCUUUGACCAUGAAGUGAACAUGUGGGUCGUAAAGAGAAACUCUAGAGUUCUUGAGUACUACCAGAGCAUUCAUGACUUCAACUCAUGGACAAAAGUUGAUCUUGCCAAACUUUCAAGGGCCCCAUUUCACAACCCUUCGCAGGAUCCCUGUGGGAAUCCAACUAUUUUUAGUAUAUGCUUGCACUAUGGAGGAGAGUUUACCAAAUUUCCUAGGAGAAAAUACAUCAAGGGACAACACAAAUUUGUGGACUUGAUCGAUAAUGAUUUGUUCUCUGUUCACGACAUUGAUGAUAUGAUGGGGGAUUUGGGUUGCAUUGAAGAAGGUAAAGUUAUGUAUUAUUGCUUUAAGCAGCUAUUAGGGGAUUUAGAUUUUGUGUUGUUUGCAUUGCAUAGUGAUCAAGAUGCCAACCACUUAAGGAUUCAAGAGAUUGUUGAACCCCCUUCUUAUUCUAGAAGUUUGUGUCUCGAGUGGAUUGACACAACCACACCUGAACCCCCUGUUUUACAACCAAGCAUGCAAACCCCUACAAUGGAACCUAACAUGAAAUCCCCUAGUCAUAUUGAUGUUGCACAUGUUUCACUCCUAGAAUGGAAUCCCCUAUUAAAGUUGAAUCUGUGA